AUGGCACCUUUAAUCUUGCACAACGUCCCCGACGACGAGCUCUACGUGGGCGAGGACGGCAAGCAACGACCAUAUGCCAUGGUCUUUUCACAAAACGAGGGGCAUCAUGCCUCAGCCCGCGGGAGGCGAGCCGUUGCAGAGACCGGUUCCUUCGGUCGUUCCGCUCGGCGAUCUCGCUCAAAGACUGCAACACCAGCCCGGAAAGAGGACCCCACCCUUGCAGCAGCAGAUCAGGUCUUCAAGCAGUGGUUUGCGACGCAAAAGAAAUCGAAAGACGAGGAUGAGGCGCAGCCCACGCAACAACGAAGACCGAGCGGUGGCCAGCCGACCGAUAACGAAGGUACUUCGGCAACAUCGUCGCAGUUUAGCCAAAAACAAGUACCUUUCGAGGUCAUCCUUCGUGGAUACAGAUCGGCGCGCCAGCAAUACGCCGCGAUCGCCCACUACGAACAGCUCGCCGGCCCUAUCUGCGAAGAUUACGCAAGAGAUCCCCCGAUCGACAACCGUCGGUACAAAUCGGAACUGCGAGACUCGGCUCUGCAGGCAGCUCACAGGAGACGGCGCGCAUUGACGCCUGAGGAGCGCGCUCGAGUUAACCGUGCUGACGGUGGUGAGCACUGGGUUAAGGUGACAUUUGAAUCAGCAGCAGCGGCCGAGGCGGCCAUGUCCGUCUCGCCCCAGCGGAUUCUCGGACACCUCGUGUACUGUGAACCCUACCAAGGCAUCCCACCUUCGGAUCAAGCCGUCCCAGACAACGUUGGAGAGGCAGGCGAAUUAUUGGCUGGAUAUCAACCUCGCGCGUCCUUGUCAUUCCCAUCGCGCGGUCCGCCAAGGACAGUCAAUGAUUACAACGGCGGCACGACAAGCAUUCCAAAGUCAAUGUCAACGCCCGCGAUCCCCGGCAAAUUCUCACCCUCCAACUCUCUAACCUCUUCCCGUACUGUCGACACAGGCACUCUCGAUUCGCUUGCCGAUUCCGCUACGGUCUCGUCAGCUACCGCAACCGGACAACCCGGCUUCACAACUGCCGUUGAUGUAAGCGGACCCUCCUCCCAAGAUAGCGCAUACUGCCGAGCAGCCCCUGCGGUUCGCAAGGCAAGGCUGUUGCCAGCGGAGCAGGCUCUGCUACCCCAGCAGUCGUACGCACAACGUGCGCUCGACAGGAUACCAUUCCUCAAGUGGUUCAGCGGUUCCAUGAUCGGCAACGAAGUGCCGCGCACCGAGACUGGCGAUUUCGACUGGGAUAAGGCUAGUCUGUAUUGGAAGUUUAUCUGGUGGCUGGACUCAACCUUCAGGUUGUUUGGCGGAGAGAUUAUAAGCGCGGACAAGGAUGACUAG